CUCCCGCGCCGCCGGAAGUGAGGGCCUCGCCGCGCUCUGGCGCCGCCGCGGUCGCUCUAGGAAUGAGGCGGAGCGACCCUCUAUGGUCCCGGGCCCACCCGAAAGCGUUAUUCGUUUUUUCUUGUGGUUUUGUUUUCUUCUCCCCGCCCCCACUCGGAAGGCGUCCUGUGACCCCGCCCCCCAGGACCUCAAGAGCUGUAACCGCCCUUGUGUGUGGUCGAGGCUUUUGAAAACAAACUCUGGCUUCUCCAACCUAGAAACUGCAUACUUUCUACAAAUACUGAGCUUUUUGAGAGCCUGGUACUUUUCACGAAGUCACCUUUUUAAUUAUCACCGAAAAGCACCUGUAAGAUGGGAGCGGUUAUACUCCAUUUACAGGAAAGGAACCAAGGCUCAGAGAAGAAAUUUGCUCCGUUCACCGUGUGCUCCUCCUCAGCCAUCCUGGCCGUGCCCAAUCAUCUGACCAGCUGACCUCCGAGUUCCCCCACUCCGUGGGGAACUCCUCCAUCUCUUGGCUUCCAAUGCUAUUGCUGCAUGCUGAAGACUCCCGCAUUGGUAACUCCAGUCUGACCGUGGGACGUGAAUGUUAUUAAACUUUAGACUUGUAUAUCGAACUGAUUACUCAAGAGCUGCAUUUGCAUGUGUAAUGGACAUCCCAAACUUAACAUACCCCAAAAUGAAUUCCUGAUAUCUACCUAACCUGUUCUUGCAACAGUCUUCUUCCCAGGGAUGGAUGAAGAUCCCAUCAUCUUUCCAGUUGCUCAGGCCAAAAACCUUGAUGUCAUUGUUGUCGCUUCUUUUUUUCAUCCAAAACUCACCUGUGAUUUAUCUGCAAAUUCUGUUGGCUUCAUCUUUAAAAUAUAUUCAUUAUCGAGCCACUUUCAACACUUCCACUGCUAUAACCACCAAGCCACCUUCAUCCACCUUCUGGAUUAUUAUACUGGCUUCCUGACUGGUUGCCCUACAGUCUAUUCACAACCCCAGAGUAAUCCUCUUAAACCUAAGUCAGAUCAUGUCAUUCAUUUGUUCAAAACUUUCAAAGACUUCCCAACUUAUUAGAGCAAAGUCAAGGGCCUUGCUUGACUUUGGCACACGAUGCCUGUCAUGAUCUGUCUCUUUAGUUCUUUAUUGUGUCUGCAGUGCUAAUAACAGUGCUCAGCAGGGAACAGACACUCAGUAAAUAUUUGUUGAAUGAAUGAAUUUAUAAGAUGCCUUAUUGUUUACAAAGUGCUUUUACAUCUUGUCUUCCGGUUAUUCAUCUUCACCAUAGUGUCAUGAAGCACAGAUUAUCAUAUCUGUCUUGCAAAUCAGUAAACUGAGGCAAGAGAGGCUGACCUGCCUGAAGUAAUACAGUGGGUUGUUGGUGGAGGCUAAACUAAGUCACAGGUUCAUUCUCUUAAGCUGAGGCUUUCUGCUCUGUAGGGAGCUGUCUCUGCAUAUGGCAAAGCACAAAGCUGAAUGAGGUCUGGACAAAGAAGCUCCACUCACAAUCUAGAGAGUAUCCGGACUAUU